CCUAGCAGCAUGAUUUUGUCCAACAAAACCACCCUUUAUAGUAAUUUUUCAUCGUUUAAAACGCACCCUUACCAACUCCCUCUCAUCUUAGAUUCUUAAUUUUCUGAAAUAACUUAUCGAUCUGCGUUAGGGUUCCUCCCGGAUUCACGUCGAAAGCGCUCUCCUCCAAGGCAUAACGCGACAAUGGAGCGCAAGAUUAUUGACUUGGAUCAAGGAUGGGACUAUAUGAAAGGGGGGAUCACAAAAUUAAAGAAAAUUUUUGAAGGAGAACCCGAGUCACCUUUUAGCUCUGAGGAAUAUAUGAUGCUUUACACGACCAUCUACAAUAUGUGCACCCAAAAGCCUCCUCAUGACUAUUCUCAACAGCUAUAUGAUAUGUACAAAGACGCAUUUGAUGAAUAUAUUACUUCAACGGUAUUACCAUCAUUGAGAGAGAAGCAUGAUGAGUUUUUGCUGAGGGAGCUUGUGAGAAGAUGGACCAAUCAUAAAGUUAUGGUUAGGUGGUUGUCUCGUUUCUUCCAUUAUCUUGAUCGUUAUUUUAUUGCUCGUCGGUCACUUCCUGCACUAAACGAAGUUGGACUGACUUGCUUUCGAGAUCUGGUUUAUGGAGAAUUAAAAGUUAAAGCCAAAGAUGCUGUUAUUGCUCUUAUUGAUAAAGAACGCGAAGGAGAUCAGAUUGACAGAGCACUCUUGAAAAAUGUUUUGGACAUAUUUGUUGAGAUUGGAAUGGGACAAAUGGAGAGGUAUGAAAAAGAUUUUGAAGCAGACAUGCUUGAGGAUUCUGGUUCUUACUAUUCUCGUAAGGCAGCAAAGUGGAUUCUGGAAGAUUCAUGUCCAGAUUACAUGUUAAAAGCUGAGGAAUGCUUGAAGAAAGAAAGGGAAAGAGUGUCUCAAUACCUUCACAUCAGCAGUGAACCAAAAUUAGUGGAGAAAGUACAAAAUGAGUUGUUGGUGGUUUUUGCAACGCAGUUACUUGAAAAGGAGCAAUCUGGAUGUCAUGCAUUGCUUAAAGAAGAUAAGGUGGAUGACCUUUCUAGGAUGUACAGGCUUUACCAUAAAAUACCUAAAGGCUUGGAACCUGUGGCUAAUGUAUUCAAACAGCAUAUUACUGCCGAAGGUACUGCUUUGGUCCAACAGGCUGAAGAUGCUGCAAUGAACCAGGUUGCAAGUUCAGGCGGUGUACAGGAACAGGUCCUUGUCAGAAAAAUAAUUGAGCUGCAUGACAAGUAUAUGGAAUAUGUAAAUAAUUAUUUCCAAAACCACACAUUGUUUCACAAGGCACUAAAAGAAGCUUUUGAGAUAUUCUGCAAUAAAACUGUUGGUGGCUGUUCAAGUUCAGAAUUACUGGCUACAUUCUGUGACAAUAUCCUCAAGAAGGGUGGAAGUGAGAAAUUGAGUGAUGAAGCUAUUGAAGAAACACUUGAGAAGGUGGUUAAGUUGCUUGCAUAUAUAAGUGAUAAAGAUCUUUUUGGUGAAUUCUACCGGAAAAAGCUUGCUCGGCGGCUACUCUUUGAUCGAAGUGCUAAUGAUGAUCAUGAAAGGAGUAUUCUCACAAAGCUAAAGCAACAGUGUGGUGGGCAGUUUACAUCAAAGAUGGAGGGAAUGGUUACAGAUUUGACUUUGGCUAGGGAAAAUCAAGGCAACUUUGAGGAAUAUCUUGGCAAUAACCCAAUUGCACACCCUGGUAUUGAUUUAUCAGUUACUGUUCUUACCACUGGAUUUUGGCCAAGUUACAAGUCCUCUGAUCUUAGCCUACUUUCAGAAAUGGUCAAAUGUGUUGAAGUUUUUAAGGGAUUUUAUGAGACAAAAACAAAACACCGAAAACUUACAUGGAUAUACUCAUUGGGCCAGUGCAACAUCAGCGGCAAGUUCGAUCAAAAAACCAUUGAACUGAUUGUGUCAACAUAUCAGGCUGCCACUCUGCUGCUGUUUAAUGCUUCUGACAGAUUGAGCUACUUAGAAAUCAUGACUCAGCUGAACUUGACUCAUGAAGACUUGGUUAGAUUGCUCCAUUCCUUGUCAUGUGCCAAGUAUAAGAUCCUUAUCAAGGAGCCAAACACAAAAACCGUCUCUCAAAAUGACUACUUUGAGUUCAACUCCAAGUUUACAGACAGAAUGAGAAGGAUUAAGAUUCCUCUUCCACCAGUUGAUGAAAGGAGGAAAAUUGUUGAAGAUGUUGACAAAGAUAGGCGAUAUGCUAUUGAUGCUGCAAUUGUGCGCAUAAUGAAGAGUCGGAAAGUUUUGGGACAUCAGCAAUUAGUUUCAGAGUGUGUAGAGCAGUUGAGCCGCAUGUUCAAACCUGAUAUUAAAGCAAUCAAGAAGCGGAUGGAAGAUUUGAUUACAAGAGAUUAUCUGGAGAGGGACAAGGAAAACCCAAACAUAUAUAGGUAUUUGGCCUGAUGCGCUGCAAUAUAUGUAGAGCUAGGAAAGUAAAUUUGAUAGUGUGCUGUAAAUGCUGUGUAGUUGUGGUUUCAGUAUUUACCGACUAGGAAGUUGAUACCAGGACUGGACUGGAGAUUUUUUGUCCACUUUUGUGUUUUUUUUUUUUUUUCUAACAGAGUAAUCGUCAUGGCCUUGCUUCAUAUUUCGCUUUUCUUAACUCUCUUUUAAUUUCUAUUUUUCUUGCGAUCA